AUGGGAGCAAGCAUCAGUGCUUGUGAUGAAACUGAAGUGCUCCCUGAGUUGUCAGCACAGCAGUCUGUGUUACAUGCACUUGAGCAACCAACACGUAGUAGAGGCUCUGCCCAUUUCAGCAGUGACCGUGGUGAAGAUGAGAGGUCUCUGAGGUUCGAGCACAUUGAAUCAGCAACAGGAGCGCAGAUCAUCGACGGUUCCUGUACAUCAUUGGUUCCUGAACGUUCGGGCCGUAGACCUUCUCACACAGCUGUCCGUGUGUCUCCAAAGAAAUCUGCAUGCGGGUCAGAAUUCGAGAAGAAGAUCCUUCGUACGAUUAACAUCAUGAGCCUUCGCCAACUGGAGCACUCUAAUCAGCUUGACUUGAUCGUUUCAUGGCUGAAAACUUCGAAUGGUACACAAGAAGACGAAAUGGUUUUCCCUGGGCCGUUCACCGAUAUGGAAAGUUUUCUCCAAUUUGAUGAAGAAGUGCAGAAGUCAGAUGCCAAAAAACGCCAGCUGCAAAAGUACAUGAUGAAGCUUGGUGGCACCAACUGCGGGGACAGGGCAAGACGAGUCUUAUAUGCACUUCUCUCGGACGAAGUAGCCCAACAAUUUAAUUGGACUGGCAUCGGUGGGAAGAAGAAGUUCUGUUCACUGGAAUGCUGCAGUAUCAUGUGCAGUGCUAUCAACAAAAUGAGCGACACUGGCACCAUCGCUGAUACUGAAAAGGCAGUGCAGACAUGGUUGCGACAUGCUCGUGAAAGAAUGAUCAAGAAGGCAGCAAAGAAGAAUGUUGUACCAUAGUUCAUGCUUGAGAGGAAACAGAGGAAAAAAAGCCCUGUGACGUGUUAGACUGUUUGAGUGCAGUGAAAUAUUGAGUACAAAAAGUGCGUGCCCCUGUAUCACACUGCCACUUUGCAGUAGUGCCAACAUACCUGCAACACAUGAUGCUGCAUUGUAGAUUUUUGUAUGUUGUACAAAUACUGAGUAUUGUAAUAUCAGUAAUUAACCCUGUAGAAGCUUGUAACCUUGCAGUGACUUCUCCACAGUGCGAGAAGCUUUAUGCCCCACAAAAGCUCCAGUUGAGCUCCAGUUUAACACGUG